AUGGUUAAGAAGAAGGGUGCAACUUGGCAUUUUUUCAAGGAGAAAGGCAAAAAUGGUGUUGUGUACAAACAUUCAAAUGUUAAUAAAAUGGCGAAACACAUAAAUAAGUGCUUUAAGUGUCCUAAAGAAAUGAAGAAAAUUCUUUAUUUAGUGCCAACCACUGUAUCUACUAGAGUAGACCUAUCAAUGUCCAUGUCCACCCCGAAGACAAAAAUUAAAUGUCCCCAACAGGGCCAACAGCUAAAGGAGUUAAAAGUAGAUGUGUCUUUUGAACUAGAAGAAGCAAAUCCAGCAGGGCCACGUUCAAGUAGGAGCCAAACUUUUCCAGUUUUAUCUUUAUCUGAAACUGAAAGAAGUGCUACUGCCACUAAUGCCAGUAACGUCUGCAAAAAGUGCUUGUUCCAUCUAACUUCAAUUGAUCUUAACCAACACCUUCCAUCAUGA